UCUAGCCCGCCGGGAGAAGCGGGUACAGUCAGAAACGGCUCCUGCGUGCCGUGUGUUCGGUUCCCGGGGCCUAGAGGAUCUCAAGAGAGCCGGCGCGGCCCCAAGAGCCUCCCCCCAUUUCCUAGGCGGAACCCCAGAGGGCUGGGCUAAAGGCUGGCACAGUAAGUCGGUUGAGCACUUUGCCGCCCGUCUAGUUCUCCUCCAGCCGCGCCGGAGUACCAUCACCUACCCGCAGUCCCGGCCCUGUGACACCGGACAGCUUCGAGGUUGAAGGGCCCGCAUCGCGUUCUUUGAGAUUGAAGAACAUGAGAAGCACUUGGCUGACCAUCUUUAUCCUUCUUCCCCUGAAGUUCAUAGAGAAAUGUGAGUCAACCAUCGACCUCACUGUCCCUCCCGCUGUGAAACUGGAAAAUGGAAGCUCAGCCAACAUCAGCAUCACCCUUCAGCAUCCGUUAAAUGCAACCUUGGUGAUCACUUUUCAAAUCACAUUUCGUUCAAAAAAUGUUACUAUCCUUGAGCUCCCUAAUGAAGUUGUGGUGCCUCCCGGCGUGACAAAUUCCUCUUUUCAAGUGACGUCUCAAAAUGUUGGACAACUGACCGUUUAUCUGCACAGAAACCAUUCCAACCAGACCGGCCCGAGGAUCCGCUUCUUGGUCAUCCACAGCAGUGUCGUCAGCAUCAUAAACCAGGUGAUUGGCUGGAUUUACUUUGUGGCCUGGUCCAUUUCCUUCUACCCUCAGGUGAUCACGAACUGGAGGCGGAAGAGUGUCAUUGGUCUAAGCUUUGAUUUCGUGGCACUCAACCUGACGGGCUUCGUGGCCUACAGUGUGUUCAACAUUGGCCUCUUCUGGGUGCCCUACAUCAAGGAGCAGUUUUUCCUCAAGUACCCCAAUGGAGUGAACCCCGUGGACAGCAACGACGUCUUCUUCAGCCUGCACGCGGUCAUCCUCACCCUGGUUAUCAUUGUGCAGUGCUUCUUGCACGAGCGAGGCAACCAGCACGUGUCCUGGCCUGCCAUCGGCUUCCUGGUGCUCUCGUGGCUCUUCGUGCUCGUCACCAUGAUUUUGGCUGCAGUCGGGGUAACCACCUGGCUACGGUUUCUCUUCUGCUUCUCCUACAUCAAGCUCGCGGUGACGCUGGUCAAGUAUUUUCCACAGGCCUACAUGAACUUUUACUACAAAAGCACCGAGGGCUGGAGCAUUGGUAACGUGCUUCUGGACUUCACCGGGGGCAGCUUCAGCCUCCUCCAGAUGUUCCUCCAGUCCUACAAUAAUGACCAAUGGACGCUGAUCUUUGGAGACCCAACCAAGUUUGGACUCGGCGUCUUCUCCAUCUUCUUCGAUAUUGUCUUCUUCAUUCAGCACUUCUGCUUGUACAGAAAGAAACCAGGGCUUCAGGCAGCACAUACGGGUUCUGACAGCCAUCCCAGGCAGGAUUGGGUGCUGAGCUUGGAGCCGAAGGCCUUGACCUAAGCAACCAUUGUUUCUGGGAGCCGCUUGAAGGACUGACUCUGCAGUUGUGAACCAAGGGCGCUUUGCUGCCACUGCGGUGUUCCCAGAGACCAAGCAGCCUAGUAGUGCGGCCAGUGGACUCAGAGGUGCUGGUGGCAGAGGGGACAGAAUAUUGGGGUUAGGCCUUUGGGGUCCCUUCUCUGAAGGCCACAUUCUCUGAGCACUCACCUUCAUGACACUCCCACAGCUGAAUCGCAGGUGACCCAGGCCAAAGUCUGGCAAAGAAACUAUUUCUGAGCCUUCAGGUGCCAGCAGAUUGGUUCUGAGCUAGGCUUAUGCCCAACCCCUCUGGAUCUUUAUCACACUAACCCCCUUUGGAUUUCUUGGAGGGAUGUUUUGGAAGUGAGUGGCUUAAGUUGUUCACCUUCUGCCUACGUCCACUUUGCCAGAGUCCAGGGCCCCACAUAAGCCCCUUCAACUGCUCCUCCUGCAUCUGGAGUAUAGGACAGACGGACACACACACACACACACACACACACACACACACACGUACACGUCUGUGCCUUAGAGGCCUAUAAGACCUGCCAAAUGGUGAGCAUAGCUCCCCUAGAGGGGAGGGCUGGCCCCCUUCCCUCACUUCCCCCAGACCCCUACCUGAGCCUCACCAAUUUUUUGGCUGUUCAGGAGCCUGACAAAGGGACUUAAGACCACCUCGCAGAAUCCUCACGGGCCCAACCUUUAUCCCACACUCCCCUCUCUCCUAGCCCAGGCAGCUCUCCUUCCUGUGGAAGGAGGGGAGGGUCCCAGGAUGUGCCUUACCAGUUCACUCUCAGACUUUUUUUUUUUUUUUUACUACGAGAUCAAUGAGAGGUGCCUGUAUCCUUAAUUAAAACCUGAUUUGUUUCCUUUCUGCACACUGAGCCUUUUGCCAGAUGCAGAAGGCAGGUGUGCUGGCUUCAGAACCCCUUAGGACUUAGGGAAACAGCCCUACUCAGCCGUGAAAGGAAACACAUGGGUUGUAAAGCACACUGAUCCCGCCGUGGCUGCGUGCCAAUCCAGCACCUCAUCAGAGGAGCCCUCACGGGUAGUGCAAGAUGCCCGCCUGCUCAGGGCCAGGUAGGUCCCAGAGGUACCAUGUCUCUCUAUGUCGCUCAAGCUGUGGUGGUGAGCACGGGCUGGAUGGGUUAAGGGCACACUCUUCUCAUUGGCGGGGGGGGGGGGGGGGGGGGGGGGGUUCAUUUUCCAGAUUCUUCCACUAUCCAAAUAUCAAAGAAUUUCAGGUCUUGUUUCCUGAAAGCAGAGAUUGCAGGCUGACCAAGCCCGCAGACCUGUUUUACUGGGUGCCACCCUGCAAAAAUAGGAGAUUUCAAAUUUCUAGUUUGAAGAUUUGAAAAACUGGAUUUGAUGGUUGUAGGCGGGUCCGUGAAAGCCAGUACUUCCCAGAGCUGGUAGUGCAGCGCACUGGGCCAGCUGACCCCCGUCUCCUCGGAGGACAGCCUCUGGAAUGUGGAGGUGCACUCCUGCCUGCGACAGACUGCAUGCUCCCAAGAGUCUUUUUGGGGGGGGUCCCCACGAACCCGUCAGUGCCCAUGAGUCCCCCCGGGGUGCAGUACGUCAGUUACACAGGGGAAGUUCGAAGUCCCCCGCCUCCAGUUCCAGUGAAGGUGCUUCCAGAUGUUUCCACAGAGGCAGCCCUGGCCAGAUAGCAACAGGCAGGCCUGGGAAUAGCUGGGCUUCAUCUCAGAAGUGGGUGGGGGCCAUGCUAAGCCAGCCUGAUGACCAGAACUCUAGCUGCCAUCCACCCCCAGAUAUCCCGGCCCCGCGCCUCAGCAAAAACCCCUUUGGAA